ACCAAAAUAAAAAAAAAAAACGCAUUAUGUUAAGGACCAUUUUGGGACUUUAAUCCUGAUAAAUAUAGUCUUAGUGAAACGAGUGAAUGAGUUGUAGCAUGCUACACAGCCCGGAGGUGACAUUAAGGUCAUGGGUUCGAGCUCCAGCACUUCCUGAGAGGUUCGAGCAGAAUUAGUCCGGGAGCGGAUCACCUACUCCAAAAAUGGGUUGGGAAGUAUUUAGAAGUUUGAUCGACAAUUCGAUACCAUAGUUGAAAAACAUAUCCAUAAUAAAUCAAGCAUAGAUGAGAGACAUUUAUCCAAUGGCUUCAAUUUCCAUCCCUGAAAUCACCCUCAACUCUGGCACAGGCAAAAUCCCCGCCUUGGGAUUUGGCACCGCCGCCGAUCCGCCCGUUGAUUCACUCACCACCAAAACCGCCGUUUUGCAAGGCAUCGAGCUCGGUUACAGGCAUUUCGACACCGCCGCUCUCUACAACUCAGAGCAGCCACUAGGGGAAGCCAUAGCCGAAGCCGUGGACCGCCGCUUGAUCGGAUCCCGCCGCGACUUGUUCAUAACCUCUAAGCUAUGGUGCACCGACGCUCAUCCCCAACACGUCGUCUCAGCCCUCAACACAACCCUCAAGAAUCUUAAUACAGAUUACAUCGAUUUGUAUUUGAUUCAUUGGCCGGUGAGUGCUAAGGCUGGAAAAGUUGAAUACCCAAUCAAAGCAGAGGAUUUUGCUCCGAUGGAAUUUGGGGCGGUGUGGGCAGCCAUGGAAGAAUGCCAGAGAAUUGGACUCACCAGAGCAAUCGGAGUCAGCAAUUUUUCUUCCAAGAAGCUUCUAGAAAUCCUGGCCACCGCGAAAAUCCCCCCCGCUGUCAAUCAAGUAGAGGUGAAUCCAUGCUGGCAACAAAAGAAAUUGAUACAGUUCUGCAAGGAAAAGGGGAUACUUGUGGUUGCUUAUUCUCCUCUAGGGGCAUUUCGGACAUUUUACGGCACCAAUAGAGUAAUGGAAUCGGAAGUGCUAAAGCAGAUAGCCGAAGCCAAGGGGAAAACUGUUGCUCAGGUGAAUAUGAUUGAACAAAAUCCUUUGACGCCAAUCCCUGUUUUACCCUUGUUGGGAUUGUUGAAUUUGCAGGUGGCUUUGAGCUGGGCAUAUGAGCAAGGGAUUGGUGUGGUGGCGAAGAGUUUUAAGAGGGAGAGGAUGAAAGAGAAUACGGGCAUAUUUGAUUGGUCAUUGAGCAGUGAAGAAGCUGAUUUGAUUAGUCAAAUCCCACAAGAAAGAGCAUGUCUUGGAGUGGAUUACACCUCUAUCUAUGGCCCUUACAAGACCAUUCAACAACUUUGGGACGAAGAAGAUAUUUCAUAGCAAACGUAAACGACUUCUUAAUCUCCACAAAUUGAAUUAGGUACGGAGUUGCAGAUGUCUUGGAUUGGAGACUGAGAAAACAUUGCGCUGUGGGGUUUAUCUCAGUGAGUUCUAAGUUCCCUUCUCUGAAACAUAUUAAUGUUUAGUAAAUUGAUUUGCUUUAGUUGGUCUUCUUGCUACUUUUUUCAAUAUAGUUGUAAGUUAGGUGCUCCACUUGUUUAUAGAUGUCAAGCAUUUUGCCAAGGUGGAACCAUGACAUCUAUGAAUGUUGAAAAUUGUUGAACAAUUGUGAUAAUGAAAUAAUAUCUCUAAAGCUAAGAUUUAUUAAUCAGGAGGAAGUUUUCAAAUUUAUUUAUGUGCAUAUUAAACAUCCCAAGCUAACACUCUUUAAGACACUAUAUUUUUUAGCAAAAGAAAUUUGAGUCAUUAUAAGUAGCAUAAUUAUGUUACUAGAGACAAGUUGUACUAAAAUAGAGGCCAAAUGGAGUACAUGGAAGCAUGGCUUAUGGAGUAGCUAGUUUCUGCCAUAACUAUCACUAUAUUUGAAAGGAACCCUUGAUCUCCAUUGAUUAUUGGUAUUUUCUUUUGGUACGAGUUUUAUUUUCUGCUUCUUACUUCCUUUUGGUGUUUUGAAAGUUUUCUUAUGAAACUGUAUAGAGCAAUCAACCUCUUUUUGAAUGCUAGAUUAAAAGAGGGUCCUCAACUCAACUCCAACUCCUACUCUACCUCUUAAAUCUUGAUUUCCUAUCCAAGAAGCCUCAAGGGAAAAAAGCUUGUCAGUGUAAGUUGCAGAGACUAAAGAAAUUUAUCUUCAUUUUUAUUGACUAAUACAUUCUCUACCUUUUGGACUUUAUUUACUUUACUUUUACUUAUUUUAAUUUCUAAAUAUUGUGCUAUGAUAACAAUGAUGUGUGUAUAAGUGCCAAAAGAUGUAAUAAAACAAUUGCACAUGCAUUGGUUGUGUGAGUGUUGUAUCAAAUAUUGUUUGGUUUUGGAACUUAACAAGAGUAUCUUUUUAUCAUAUUAAAUAUUGUUACGACUUUGUAUUUUUUAUCUUGAAUAAUACUCGGUGUUUAUCUUGAGCGUGUGUAGUUGUGGAAGCAUUGAUUCAAACAUGUCUAAAUUUCCUAUGAUGACACGAAAAGAAUCCGAACGCGACUCCGCCCUAAUCCAGAGGUGAGUAAGGAGAAGAAUAUGGACGAGUACGGAACGACAACCAACAUCAUCUACAGAGAUGUACUUGAUAGUCACGAACAACGGAGAGGUCCCAACAACCUCAGGAGACAAAAGCACGUCCGUUUCAGACAAUGAUAGUUGUUCAAGGAGACAGGCAAGUUCCCAAUAUAAACACCACAGCCUCACCCCUCACAUCCACAUAAUUCACUGAGUUUCUUUCUUAAGCAGCUUCAGAUUAUUGGGUAAAUUCCCUUCUUUGUAUGGGAAGGACUAACGCUCUUUUGAUAAUGGGAUCAAGAUCAAAUCAAGAGUUUCAACCUUUCUACUUAUUGUGUAACUAAGCCAAAUCAUUGAUUCAUACUUUAGGAUGUGAGGAUAAAUAGAAUGACCAUAUGAAUUUGAAAUUUCACAAGAUUAUUAGUAGAUGAUUUCGGGAGUAGUGGAUAGAGCGAAUGAGUAACCCAUCUAACUUAAAUAUUGUAAUGUGUGCGUGUCAUAAAUUUUCCACUUAUAUGAUGUGUCUAACCAAUCCAUAUCUAGAUUUUGAUUGGGUGUCA